AUGCCAAUUUUAUUUGUCCUUGACUCCACUGGUGACCUUCAACUCUUUAAACUUCAAUGGGGCCUAUUUGAUUUCUUCUAUUUGAUCUAUCUAUCUAUCUAUCUAUCUAUCUAUCUAUCUAUCUAUCUAUCUAUCUCAGCCACAGCAUAUCUUUUUGUUUUUUUCAUUUUUGUAUGUUUUUUUCAUUUAUUUAACUUUUUCGUUAUUCUUUUCUUUUAUAUUUCGUUUCCUUUCUUUCUUUCUUUCUUUCUUUCUUUCUUUAUUUAUUUAUUUAUUUAUUUAUUUAUUUAUUUCAGCACUUCACAUUACUUGCUUUCAUUUUUUACACUUGCAUUAUUUAUUUUUACAUUUCAAAUUUCUUUCUUUCUGAACUCCAAAUUUCAUUUUUCUUUUUUUCUUCAGUUAAAGUUGCUAUCUUUCAACACUUCAAAUUUCUUUCUUUUUUUCUUACACUUUAAGUUUCUUGCUUUCUUUAUUCUUCAUUUCAAAUUUCUUUCUUUUUUUCUUUUUACACUUCAAAUUUAUUUUUUUCUUCACUUUAAGUUUCUAUUUUUCUUUCUUUAUUCAUUUCUACAUUUUAAGUUAUUUUCCUUUCUUUCCUUCUUUCUUUCUUUCGACAUUUCACAUUUCUUUGUCGUUUUUUUUACAGUUCAAGCUUCUUUCUUUAUUUCAUUCCUUUUUAUUCUUUCUUUCUUUCUUUCUUUGUGGGGAUAG